CCCGCUAUUUAGCUCUAAACUAGUUGCAGGCUCAGAGACUCAGUGAAAAAGGAAGAAGACAAGAAGAAAUGCUCAAGUUUCAAUGUUUUCUUCACCUUCUUCAGCCUUCUACGGCGAAAAACAACCACUCGAGUCUACCCUUCUACAAUUUGGCGCCGUUUCGGGUGACGAAUCGGGUACCGAAGAUCCAAGAGGUACCUGGGAAGUGGUCUAGUAAGAGUGGGAAACUGCGAGUAAAUGGUGUGGGUCGAGAAAUGGAAGAAUUUGAAGAAGAAGAUGAAGAGGAGGAAGAUGAGUUCACGUCGAGGAAGAGAGGCGAUUACGGAGGGAAAAAGGAGGAUAUAAAUUACGACAAGGACCCUGAGUUCGCUGAUAUUUUGGGAGAUUGUUUAGAUAACCCAGAGAAAGCUCAGAAGAAGAUGGAAGAGAGAUUGAGGAAGAAGAGAAACAGAAUUCUGCACACUAAGACUGGUUCAGCCACUUCGAUGCAGGUUACAUUCAACAAAUUUGAGUAUUCAAAUUCGUACAUGUGGUUGGAGUUUUACAACGCACCGUUGGACAAAGACAUAGCCUUGAUUUCUGAUACAAUCCGUUCAUGGCAUAUUCUUGGACGUCUUGGUGGAUACAAUUCCAUGAAUAUGCAAUUAUCACAAGCGCCAGUGGAUAAGAGGCCAAACUAUGAUGCUAUCCUUGGAGCUAAUAUCGAGCCUACAACAUUUUAUAACAUCGGGGAUCUUGAGGUCCAAGACAAUGUGGCUCGCAUAUGGCUCGAUAUUGGGACCUCAGAGCCGUUGAUUCUCGAUGUACUGAUAAACGCACUGACACAAAUCAGUUCAGAUUAUGUCGGGAUAAAGAAAGUCGUGUUUGGUGGAUCUGAGUUUGAGAGCUGGAAGGAGAAUAUGACGUCCGAGGAAUCUGGUUUUAGAGUGCACAAGAUUUAACAUGUUCUUGAGUUUGUAUCAAAAGCCACAAGACAAAACUUUCUACUUCGAUUUAUACAGAAAUAAACCUUUAGAUUACAUGUUCUUUAUGGCUUGAUGUAUGAUUUGUUAUCACUAUCGACAAAUUGGAAUCACAAUUUUACGAUC